AUGAAUCUCGAGGAGGAGAUCGACCAGCGUUGUCCUUCUAUGCCGAGGCUUGGUUGGUCGAGGAGAUGGGGAGAAAGUAAGAGAGUUGAAGAGAGCAUGAGAGUAAGAGAAAAUCAAAGACAGGAAGAGAGAGUUGCAGAGAACAUGACAGAUCCAAGUAGAUUUCGGGAAGACGGCGGCCCGACUCCCGACUCCCGACACAGAUCAUUUGCGUCGGGGGGCGAGGCGGCAGGCACGGGCCUUCGGUGCUCAAGAUCCCGAAAUCCAAAGAACCCGACCAACAUCUCAAGCCAAGAAUCUCGACCAGGCUCUCGAAGCCAAGACCCGACCCAGAUCCCGAAGCCAAGACCCGACCAAGAUCCCGAAGCCAAGACCCGUGACCAAUACAUCUCGAAGCCAAACCCGAUCCAAGAUCUCGAAGGCCAAUGGAACCGCCGACCCAAGUUCCGUGCCAUAGACCCGACCAAGAUCCCGAAGCCAAGACCCGACCCAAAAUCCCUGGAGGAAAGGAAGGAUGGAGGAGAAGACGAAAUACCCCUACCCAAAAGGAGAGAGUCACCAAUGACCAAGCUGGAGCACAGGCCUCGAGAAGGAGCCAAGGGAAUCCCUCAAGCCGAAGAAGUAACCGAGCCUGAGGGAUGCCCAAACGCGAAUGACAUCAAUCCAAUAUCACCUAAUGAGAUUCGCUGGCUGAUCUCUCAAGAUCCCAAUGACCGGCUCGAAGGAAGCCGAGAGCGUAUCCCUGGAAGCCAAAGAGUCCGCAGAAAGCCAGAGACCCGACCAAGAUCCGAGAAGCACAAGACCCGAAAGAACCAGGAGAACAUCGGUUCGAAGCCAAGACACCGACCAAGAUCUCGAAGCCAAGAACCCACCAAGAUCUCGACAGCCAAGACCCGACCAAUCCCGAAGCCAAUGACCCGACAAGAGAUCUCAAGAAAAGAGCGGACAGAGACCCGACCAGAUGAAUCUCCUCGAAGACACAAAGACAACGAGAGUAAUAAAACCCACGAUCCAAAUGGACCCGUAGAUUCAAGAACCGAGCAUGUAUGCUCGAAGCCAAGACACCUGACCAAUAGAUCUUCGAGAGCCGGAAACUCCGUACACCAAGAUCCCGAAGCCAAGAACUCACGAACCAACCAACACGCGUACAAGAUCUGCAAAGACCAAGACCGACCAAGGAUCUCGAAGAAGCCCAAGACCCGACCAAGAUCCCGAAGCCAAGACCGACCAAGUCCUUUCGAAGCCAAGGACCCGACCAAGAUCCCCGAAGCCAAGACCGAGCCAACAUACUGGCGAAGCCAAGACCCGACCAACAUCUCGAAGCCAAGACCCGACCAAACAUCUCGAAGCCAAGACCCGACCAAAUCCCGAAGCCAACACCCGACCAAGAUGCUUCGAAGCCAGAGACCCGACCAAGGAUCGUCGAGAGCCAAGACCCGACCCAAGAUCUCGAUUCAAGAAACCCGAACCAAGAUCUCCGAAGCAAGGACCGACCAAGAUCUCGAAAGCCGAGACCCGACCCAAGAUCCCCGAAGCCAAGACCGACCAAGGAUCUCGAAGCCAAGACCCCGACCAAGAUCCCGAAGCAGACACCCGGGACCACAGAUCUCGAAGCAAGACCCGACCAAGAUCUCGAAGCCAAGACCCGACCAGAUUCUCGAAGCCAAGACCCGACCAAGAUCCCGAAAGCCAAAAGGACCCACUAAAUCUUUCGAAGCCAAGACCCGACCAAGAUCUCGAAAGCCAAGCACCCGCCAAGAUCCGAAGCCGAGACCCGACCAAGAUCCCGAGCCAAGAACCCGACCAAGAUCCCGAAGCCAAGACCCGACCAAGAUCUCCAAGCCAAGACCGACCAAGAUCUCGAAGCCAAGACCCGGACCAAGAUCUCCAAGCCAGACCCGGACCAAGUCUCCAAGCCAAGACCCACAAAGAUCUCCAAGGCCAAGACCCGGACAGAUCUCCAAGCCAAGACCCGACCAAAUAUCUCGAAGCCAAGACCCGACCAAGAAUCUCGAAGCCAAGACGCCGACCAAGAUCUCUCGAAGCCAAGACCCGACCAAGAUCUCGAAGCCUAAGACCCGACCAAGAUCUCGAAGCCAAGACUCGACCAAGAUCCCGAAGCCAAGACCCGACCAAGAAUCUCGAAGCCAAGAACCCGACCAAGACUUGCGAAUGACAGAGACCCCCGACCAAGAUCUCGAAGCCAAGACCCGACCAAGCAUCUCGAACCAAGACCCGACCAAGAUUCCGAAGCCAAGACCCGACCAAGAUCCCGAAGCCAAGACCCGACCAAGAUCCCGAAGCCAAGACCCGACCAAGAAUUCUCGAAGCCAAACCCGGCCAAGAUCUCGAAGCCGAGACCCGACCAAGAUCUCGAAUUCAAAAAUCUCACCAAACGCCGACCAAGAUCUCGGAAUUCAAAGACCCGAACCAAGAUCCGAAGGCGAGACCCGACCAAGAUCUCGAAGCCGAGGCCCGACCAAGAUCUCGAAGCCAGAGACCCGACCAAGAUCUCGGAAUUCCAAUACCCGCAAAGAUCUCGAAUCCAAGACCCGACCAGAUCUCCAAGCCAAGACCCGACCAAGAUUCUCGAAUUCAAGACCGACCAAAGUCCUCGAAGCACAAGAACCCGACCAAGAUCUCGAAGCCAAGACCCGACCAGAUCUCGAAGCCGAUACCCGACCAAGAUCUCGAAGCCAAGACCGACCAAGCAUCCCUGGAAGCCGAGACCCGACCAAGAUCUCGAAGCCGAGACCCCGACCAAUGAUCUCGAAGCCAAACAGACCCGGAGCAGAGAUCACGAACCGAGACCCGACCAAGAUCUUCGAAGCCAAAGACCCGACCAAGAUCUCGAAGCCAACACGCCGACCAAGAUCCCGAAGCCGAGACCCGACCAUGAUCCCGAAGCCAAGACCCGACCAAGCAUCCCCGAAGCCAAGACCCGACCAAGAUCGUCGAAGACCGAGACCCGGCCCAAGAUCCCGAAGCCGAGACCCGACCAAGAUCCCGAAGCCAAGGACCCGACCACAGAUCCCGAAGCGAGACCCGACCAAGAUCCCUAGCCAAGACCCGACCAAGGAUUCCCGAAGCCAAGACCCGACCAAGAUCCCGAAGCGAGACCCGGCCAAAUCCCGAAGCCCGAGACNACCGAAACUCGACCAAGAUCUCGAAGGACAACAGACCUCUGACCAAUCCCCGAAGCCAACCCGACCAAGAUCCCCGAAGACAAGACCCGACAAGAUCUCGAAGCCAACACCCGACCAAGAUCUCAAGCCGAAACUCGACCAAGAUCCUCGAAGACAAGACCGACCAAUAUCCCGAAGCCAAGACCCGACCAAGAUCCCGAAGACAAGACCCCGACCAGAUCUCGAAGCCAACACCCGACCAAGAUCUCCAAGCCGAAACUCGACCAAGAUCUCGAAGCCAAGAUUCGACCAAGAUCCCGAAGCCCAAGACCAGACUACCAAGAUCCCGAAGCCAAGACCGGACCAAGACCCGAAAGCCAAGACCCGACCAAGAUCUCGAAGCCGAACUCGAACCAAGAUCCCGAAGCAAGGACCCGACUCAAGAUCUCGAAACCAAGAACCCGACCAAGAUCCCGAAGCCAAGACCCGACCAAGAUCUCCAAGCCGAAACUCGACCAAGAUCCCGAAAGCCAAGACCCGACGACCGAAUUCCCGAAGCCAAGACCCGACCAAGAUCUCCAAGCCGAGACUCGACCAAGAUCUCGAAGACAAGACCCGACCAAGAUCCCGAAGCCAAGACCCGACCAAGAUCUCGAAGCCAAGACCCGACCAGAUCUCGAAGCCAAGACCCGACCAAGAUCUCGAAAGAUUCUCAAGAAGACCCGACCAAGAUCUCGAAGCCAAGACCCGACCAAGAUCUCGAAGCCAAGACCGACCAAGAUCCCGAAGCCAAGACCCGACCAAGAUCUCGAAGCCAAGACCCGACCAAGAUCUCGAAGACAAGACCCGACCAAGAUCUCGAAGCCAAGACCCGACCAAGAUCUCGAAGCAAGAAGCCAAAUCCGAAGCCAAGACCGACCAAGAUCUCGAAGCCAAGACCAAGACCAAGAUCUCCAAGCCAACACUCCGACCAAGAUCCGAAGAUGAGACCUGA